AUGUCGCGCCAAGACAUAAAACCAGACUUAAGAUUGACAACGGAGCCCGCGAGAAAACGCGUCGGCAAUAGUAGUCAGUCAGUCAUUCAGUCCGUAACGUCAGUCUCUCAGUUAGAAGUCAGCGAAAAGUCAACGAAAGUUAGAAGUCAACGAAAAGUCAAUAGUCAUCAGGCUUUAUUCGAUGAUCAAGCGCAAAAGAAAGAAGGAGAUGAUACCAUAGAUGAUCCUCGUAAACUUAAACCUAGCGAAAUUGAUCCCAAUCCUGAAACCAAACCAGCGAGACCAGAUUCUAAAGAUAUGGAUGAAGAUGAAUUGGAGAUGCUGUCUGAGGCACAUGCUAGGCUAGCAAAUACUCAGGGCAAGAAGGCUAAACGUAAAGCACGUGAAAAACAAUUAGAAGAGGCACGCAGGCUAGCAGCUUUACAGAAGCGUAGAGAAUUAAGAGCUGCUGGUAUUACUGUGUCUCAAAAGAACAAACGCAAACGCGGUGUUAGUUAUAAUACAUAA